AUGGCCACAGAGCAACGAAUUUUAAAGCCAGAUGGUUAUUUGGAUGUUACUUGCGGCGGCACAUCCUCAAAAUCUUCGACCAACAAUGCAGCAGCAGCAGCAAACUCGGAUUCACUGAACACCGAAGCUGACGAAGAGGAGACCAUCGAGACGCGCAGUAUUGUUUAUCAUCCGAAUUUAAAUGUGAUAUUGGUAUUCGAUAGCAUCAAUCAGGUCAAAGUACUCGAUGUGCAUUCCGGGGUUGUACUGCAGACAUACCAUUUAGGGAAUGAUACCAAUCACAAUGUCUAUGGCUAUUUUAUGCCACUACAGGAGAAAAUCCUAUUAACAGAUGGUCAUGUCAUCGGUUUUCGUGGUGAUUAUAAUGGUGUCCUAUUACUUGAUACGGUCCUGCAGACACCCGUACCAAAUAACGAUGAUCCCAUACGUCUGGAAAUGUUAUUGUCCGAGGCGAUUAUUUUCCAAACAUGCCUUAAAGAGCUGGAACAGGAUAUCGAAUGUCCCUACGAUUUGCAAAAUGAACUAAUGGAGAAGAUAAAAAAUGCCCAAAGCAAUUCGAAGAAAGGCAUUAAGGCACAAAGGUGGAACACCAUAUGCCUACAGGUUCCCUAUUCGAGUCUAAAAUUUGUGGCCAAUAAUUUGGUUAUAAUGCUGAAACGGCUUGAACGCCAUGUACCAGCAUUGGCCAUUGCAUCGGCCAUAAAUGAGAGGCUCAUCGAUUUACUUGCCGGUGGCCGCACGUCGAACAUUAGCUGGCAUUGCAGCAAUUUGCAGCGUGUCCUAAUGCAUUCGGAGGCAGUGCGUCGGCAAACAUUUGAAAAAUGGCCACACAUGGACUAUAAAUGGGCGUUGCCCGAUCAAAUGGCACAAGCCGGCUUCUAUCAUCAGCCCUCGUCAUCGGGUGAGGAUCGUGCCAUGUGUUUCACCUGCAAUGUAUGUUUGGUGUGUUGGGAAAAAACCGAUGAACCAUGGAGUGAACACGAACGUCAUUCGCCAAUGUGCCCCUUUGUCAAGGGUGAAUACACCCAAAAUGUUCCCCUCGCCGUCACCUAUGCCACAAAUCCAGCCGUGGUGGCUCCUGGUAUUCUGGGAUUCGAUGUUAUAUCGAAUAGCGAUUAUGCCAAUGUCUUGGUAACAAGUUGUUCGGCAACGGGCGAAAUUACCAUUUGGAGCAUUGAAAGGCAUUUGAAACAAAUGCACACCUUUAAUAUUUCAUCGCUGAUGAAGGAUAUUUUGGGAGGAGGAGGAAAUGGUGGUAGAAGGGGCGACGAUGCAUCAGCCAACUGUGAUGAAGAAUCAGCCGACACCAGCUAUGAAUGGACACGCGUAACAGCCAUUUGUGUCCUACCCAAUGCCAGGGCCCAAAGUAAAAUCUAUGCCAUGAAUUUAACUCAAACAGGAUCGGCGUGUUUGGUCGGUAGUGGGGUUGCAGUUAGUGGUAAUUUGGCACCACCCUCAGUUACACCCUGUACAUCGACAUCCACCAUGCGUGCCGGUGUCGUCGAAUCGAAAAUAAUACUUGGUCUGAGUACCCGCAAAACAACUGGCGAACAUUUACUCUCGAUGGCAGUGUUGAAUAUUAUCGAAAGUGAUCGACCCAAUGAUAAUAAUCGGAAUAAGGUGGAUAGUGGUUUAAAUGCCGGAGGAGGUGGUGGACUAAGUUCAGCGGCAAAUGUUAGCACAAAUGUGGAUAAACAGUCGUCGUCAACUUCGAACAGCGUUAAAGAUGGCCUCGAUAGCAAUGGAUUUGUGGCCGAUAUCGUACCGGCAACAACAGUCGAAGUUGUUGUCCCAGCAGCAACAGCAGCCGAUAAAUCCGAUGUAUUGGACUUUAAUGAUGCCUAUCUGGAGGCGGAAUUCAAAAAGAUGGCCGAACAAUUUAACGAUUUGAAUAGCCUCUUCGAUUAUGAAUAUGGACAACCGGUGGUGGUGGAGAAUAAUUCAUUGUCUGGCGGUGGUAAUGGUGGCGGUGGUACGGGUGGUAUUGGUCCCAGUGUCAAUACCGAUGAUAUUGAAAUGGAUACCAGCUAUUUCAAGGAAAGUCUUCUCACGGCCGCCAAGAAUGUACAGAAGUCGAAGGCAGCCAUGCAAAAUGAUGGCAGUGCGGUAAAGACAAAUAAUUCUCCCAACCCGGAGACAGGAGGUGUCGGUGGUGGUGGUGCUGGUGGUUCCUUAGCAAAGGCCACAAAUGUCUGUGAAGAUAUUGAUUGCAUUGUGGAAAGUUGCUGCAUACUCAAGCGUAGCAAUUCCAUGAAGGCGGAUUUCCAGCCUCUGGCCGAAGAUGAACUAGUUGAGAUUACUGAAAUUUUGCCCACAAACAGCAACUGUAAUCAAUUAUUGGUGAAGCUGGUCAAGACCAAGGUCCCGGUGUCAAGACGCAGCAACAACAACAGCAGCAAAAUGAUUAUAACCGAAGUCAUGAACACCGAAGAAAGUGUCAGCGAAGAACGUGAGGAGGAUGAUGAUGAUGACGAUUACGCCAUGAAUGAGGAGGAGCCAACAAUUGGUGGCCAAUUACUGCUCUUCGAUUGCCUCAACGGUGUCAUACCCAAUGAACAUAAAAUUGCCAUGACUUUUUCGCGUCAGAAUUAUCCCAAACAAAUAUGUAUGUUGCCGAAUUUCCAGACCAUCAACAUCGGUAGCGAAUCAUCAUCUCUGGCAUCAUCGAACGGCAGCAGUGGGGCAUUUUGUGUGGUCUGUGCUGAUGGUUCAAUUGAAAUUAUAUCGCUGGCCGAUUUCCAGCGUAUCAGUACCAUCAAAGAGGAGGAGCAUCAUUUUACAUCGGUGGCCUAUUGUCGCAGUUUGGAGAGAUUGUGUUGUUGUACGCGACGUGGUUCAUUGAUAUUCUACUCGCUGAAUGAUGCCGAUAAUGAGUCGGGUGAUGAAAUGAUUGACAUCGAAGAGGAGGCUUGUUCAGCAGCAGCUGGAAUGAUGGGUGGUGGUAAUAAUAAAAUAAACACCGGAGGAGCAGAAGGCAUAGCGGGUGGAAAUAGUGGUUGUUGUGUUACCGAUGGUGUAACGCCCCAUAGUAAAAAUUAUGAACACCCGGGUGGUGGUGAUGGUAUUUCUGGAGAUGAAAUGAAAUGUAUCACACCCACAACCAGUGGUUUUACAUCCACAAUAAAGGUUGAUUGUGGUUCGGCGGGCAUCACAAGUUCCCUAUCACAAGCCUCACCCUCACCAUCAUCGACUUCGAUGAAUUCGUCGUCAACCGCAUCUAACCUGCUGGCCUAUCGUAGUGGAGAACUAUCACUCGAUGAUUUGCGUACCCUGUAUUCGCUCACCCAAUUCGAUGAUAAAGUUGUUCCCUACACAGCUGAGGUGCCCAGCUGUUGGAAUGAUUUGGUACAGGCCCAAAAGCAAAGGAAACAAUCCCAGCACACUUGGCGUCUGCACAAUGAUGCGACCACUUGGGAUGAACACAUCAUUGAAAUAAAUCUAUUGGUGGCAGCCACUUUGGGUCACAUAGAUUUGAAAUUUUCCUUGUAUCAGCAGUGCCAUAAUCCAGCUGCCAUACAGGUGACAUUGCUGAAACAGAAUACCAGUGGUUUUGGUUAUCGCAUGAAGGGACCACAUUCCAGUUUUAAACAUUCAUCGGGAGCGGAUAUGGGUGCGGCAAAUGAACAACCAUCGACCAGUACAGAAGGAAACAAUGAAAAUCCCGUUUUGAAUGAAGAAUUUCUACAAACGCACAAUGCUGAAAUUUUAGCCGGCCCCAUUGAGUUAUCUUCAUGCAUUGAUUUAUGCGAUCAAGGUGGCACAGUUAUUUUAACAUCACCGAAAUUAUUUAAAACACGCACCCGCAACUUUUUGCUACACAUCAAAACAAUGGGUGAUCCAGCCAAAGAUGGCCAGUGUAAAACAAGAGGAUGUGAUUGGUUACAUGAAAUAUCAAUUUAUGUACGCGGUGUAAAGUCGCAGUCGCACAUUCCCAAUGAACGUCUGCAGCGCAUUGCCAUGUUGGAGAGUAAUCAAUUGUUGGAUAAUCUCUUCCGUAUAAUAAGCAAUGAAAAAUCCUCAAUGUUGGCACGCAAUUAUGCCCUCGACAUUUUAACAUGGAUAUGCUGUAUACGCUUGAAACGCUUCCGUUCCCCGAAAUCUGAUCGACAAAAGGGUCAGCCGAUAUUGGCCCAACAGUUGGAAUGUAUUUGCCAGGCAGAGAAAUAUUUGGAGAAUACUUUGCGUUAUUGUAUUAUACACAGUAAUCGUAGUAUGGCACAUAAAUGUGUGAAGCUAAUGUUGAUGUUGACCGAUGGUUUUUGUAAUUUACCAGCGAAUAGCAAAGGGACAUCCAAGCUAGAUGUGGCAUUGCGAAAUGCCAUUGCAACUACCUUUAAUGAAUUGCCAUUUGCCAAACAUGCCAGUGUUGUCCGUUGGUAUGUUAUGUUGGCCUGCAUUACAUCGACAAAUAAGACCUACAACAGCAUUUCGGAAAUGUGUGUCAAACUAUUGGUGGAUAUAUCCGAGGAAAUUAAAAGGCGUUGGGACCCAUAUGGGGCAUUAAUUGGAACUAGAUUCGGCCUAUAUGGUUUCCCCUUUGAACCGGAUAUCUUUGACUAUGACCUACCAAAUGUAAACAAGAAUAAUGUGAACUUUUCUUCAACCCUAAUGAAUAUUAUUCGCAACAAUGCUGGUUUGGUACAAGCGGCCGGUAUUGAUAUCAAAAAAUUAUGCUCAAUAGAUGGUGUUGAUUUCCGCACUUUCCCCCACCUAAUCAAAUGUAAAAGUGUUAGUAAUCAACUGCGCGGUCUAUUAGAAGUCGAACAAUUACAUUUCAAUUGUGCUGCCACCUCAGAAGCCACACGUAUAGAUAAUAUGGAUACGGUAUCGUCUAGUGCCAGUACAUCGAAUGUCAAUAUGGAUGAUUUGCUAAUAGCCCCCAUGGUGGUGGAAACAGUCGAUCAAAUGUAUUCCGAUAAGAUGAACGAUAUUUUGAAUAAUGUCAAAAACAAGUCCAAAAAUCUGGUCGACAAAACAAAAUUGGAAAAGAAAAUGGAUGGUUCGGAAAGUGUUGACUUGAAACCAAAUGGAAUUGGACCCGUUGUAAUUGAUUGCACAAGUAGUUCCGGCGAAAAAUUUGCCAUCGAAGAGAAGUCAUCAAAACUAAAAGCAAAUGCUAGUGGUAGCAGCGGCAGUGGUGGUUCUUCCCUGCCCAAAUUCAAAUUCAUUUGCGAAUACAUUGAUCAACAAUUGGGUUCUAAUGUAAAACCCAUCGGCGAGGAUAAGGAUAAAGAAAACAAUAAAGACGAUGGAACCGAACAACAAAGUGGUGCCGGAGAGAAGUCAACGAAUGCACCAGCUACUGGGGAUGAAGCCUCCUCCAAUGUUUUCCCAUGGCAUAAAUUGCUUUCACCGCCAUCGAAACAAAUGAUUGUUAUCGAUCGUAUGCAUUCGGGCGCUAGACGAUUUGUCGUACUCGAUUUUGGAUCACCUAUCCUUUUGACAGAUCUGAUUAUACCAGCAUGUGAUGAAUUGGCUUCGCUGCACAUUGAUAUCUGGUGUUUCGAUGAAGAAACCGAUUGUGUUCGUUUGGUAGUGGCACCGGAUAUUGGAACAAAAACCCUCGUACUUAGUGAUAUCCAGCCACCACCCAUAUGCCGUUAUAUGAAAAUAACAAUUAUGGGACGUAUCGGUAUGUCAUCGACUAAAUGUAAAAUACCAUUGGGAUCGUUUUUCGGUCAUGUCAUCAUUUUGGAAUCCGAUGGUUAUGGUGAUAUGUUUAUGAAGUACAUGAGUCAUAAACCGCAAAAUAUUCAGGCUCAAAUAAAGGCACUGUAUUCGUUGCACGAGGAUGUCCAUUGUCGUUAUAGUUUGGCCAGUUGCAAGCUGCUGGAGCUAUUAACACCUCUGCUGAAUUCAGAUGUAUCCAAUGUCGCCCAUAUGCAGGCAUUUAUCAAUAAACAACGUAGUGAAGAUGAUACGAACAACACCAUGGAGGGUGGACGAAUCACAUCAAUUUAUGAGGAAUGCAUUGUUCUUCAGCAUGAAAUCAAUGUUAUCCGAAAUGUCAUCAAUCGCUUGGAGUCCUCGUUGCAAACAAAUUCCAUUGACAUCAAUGGAACAUUAUUGGAUAACUCGCAGGCUCUGCGAACAGCAUCCAGAGAUAAAUUACGUGUCUUGGGACAAGCUCUAAUUGAGAUUCUUUUGAAUUUCUCGAUUGAGUACAGUUUGAAGGAUAUGAUGGCAAUGCAACAACUGUUCACAGCCGAUGUGGCAAAUAUGUUAUUCAAUUCAUUUGUCGUCUAUGGAGAUGCUCACAUUCAAUUGGCCACCUGUUCUCUCCUGGUACGCAUGUGUUGUGUUCAAAGCUGGUGGGGUGAUUUCCUGGCCAACAUUUUCUGCACACUAUUCUCAUCACAAAAUAGUAAAAUAUUUCCACAGGAUAGGAUUUUCUUUUUACUCACCUAUUUGGGCAGACGUAGCAUAUCGAUGGGCAAUUGCCGAUCCAUUGUUAUUGAUGCCAUUUUGAAAACAUUGGCCAAACAAUUGGCACCCAUAUCGCCACGUUACCAGGAAGCAACAGCCUCCGGUCUUAAUAUGUCCGAUGCUGAGUCGGCGUCAGUUGGUAGCCUGUGUACCAAAUCCGAUUUACAACUUAUAACAUGGCUAUUGUUAUUCCUGUCCGUAUGUUUGGACGAUAGGAAAGACAAAUCUGCCAAUCGUUGGGACUUUAUGAGUUGUGAAACCGAUUUUGCCAAAACUCGGGGACAAUCCUCAAAUAGUUCCGGUAAACAGCUGAGGUGCUUUAAAAAGCGUAUAAUACAACAGAAUAAGUACAGUGUACAGCCGUAUGCCGAUUGGGGCAAGAAAAUCUAUAUGAUUCAAAAUGAGCAUCCUGGUAUCUUCAUGGAAAUAACUGGCAAACCCAAAUCCUCCAGUAAGAGCAGUAAAAGUAGUAUGCUACCCAAACCUAGCAAAGAAACGCCACAAGAACCGGAAAAUAAUUUCGAUAAGGGUCUAAAGAAUAUUCGCCUUAACAAUAUUUUAAUUGUUAUAAGGGGCCUGAUUGCCUUGCUGCUUGAAAUGGAUUUCACCUGCAAUAUGGAUCAAUUUUUAUUGACAUGCAAGGUUAUAGCCCGUCUGGUAUCUGCAUGUAGGCCAGCUGUACAAUUAUCGAAAAUUAUCACCAUAAAUCAAUUGGAACAUUUAAUACGUAUGGCCGUGUGGAAUGAUCAGCAACAACCAUGGGCUGUACAUGCCAUUACAUGUCUGUUACAGGAUCUUUUGGAUGCUGAUCGUCAUUAUAAGGAUAACGAUGCUACACCCACAAACGAUGGACAAAGAACCAUGGAUAGUUUCCAGGAAACCAAAGAUCUAUUUGCUGAUUAUACAUCACUCUACAUGUCUCAAAAUAUUGGUUCCUCACAAUCAACCAGUAGCGAGAUUCCCUAUUCAGACGCUGUCAAAUAUCCUUAUUUACCCUCAUUAAUUGAAUGUGAGGAUACCGAAUUCGAUGAUAUGCUAAAUGACAUCGAUGUUAUGGAACGUAAUAAAACGAUCACAACCACCAAAAAGGAUAAUAGCAAUAUGAACAAAAAUACCGUUAACUAUUUUUGUAAAUCAAUCUCAAGUGCUAUGGAUUCACGUCUCGACAUUGGUUUGGAUCUGAAUGUUGAAACUGAUUUGAGACGUAUAACAAUGGUAUCAUCACUGGAUAUGUAUUCAUCAUUGCCACAAAUUGCAGCCAGUGAAUUUAAGACAACAUCGCCAGAGGUAGCUGUCUGGCCAGAUUAUAUCGCGGAUAUGUGGUCGGGACCGGAAUAUAAUUGUGGUGUCAACACCUAUACCAUGUUUAAGAAUGUAUUCGAUUGUAUAUUGGCUGAUUUACAUUUGGAGGAAACAUGGGUCCACCUGGAACAAGUAUUACAAAUGUGGCUAACAUUGAACGGAGAACUGGCCGAUAAACCCUACAGUUCUGGCAUUUCAAAUGCGGAUGUACCAAAAAUACCAUUCGGUGCAAAUGCUAUACAAGGCCUAUUGCUGGCCCUGGCCUGGUAUAAUGAUGUUAAACUACGUACAUGGUGUUUGGGUUUCCAAUGUCUUCUGCUGGCCUGCAAUUCCCAGACAUUUGGUCAAGAGGAUGAUGCCGAUCGUACACGAAUCAAUGAGGUCAUUGUCAACGAUGAGAAUUUCGAAAAAAUGCUAUUGAGAUUUUUCUCAGGCUAUGGCAUGAGUUCGGUUAUCAUUACAAAUCGUUGUGCUGGUCCCACCAUAUGCAAACAUUUACAUGAACUUCUACAUUGGCUACAUCGCAAGGGCGAGUCUACGGAUGGUGUAAUAUCCUGCAAGCGUAAGCUAAAAGAUACCCUACUGCAUGUUAUACUGCAGCUGGUGCAGCCCGGCGGUGCAAUCAGCAAUCAAUUGGGUCCCAUUGAUGCCCAAAGUCAAUUGGUGCGUGAUCUGCUGAUAAUGCCCAAUGAUAAGGCUGAUUUAAAUAUAUCAUUGAAUAUUAUUGAGUGUGUUUCAUUUUUGGUAUUCAAUAACAUUUCCAAUGGCGAUAAGAUACAGUGUCAACGUACCUCGGAUACAAACAAUACUGGCAAUUCAUUUAGCAGUCUUUUCGCCAAUGUUUUGGGUUCCGAUCAUUCAAAGCAAAAUUGUCCAAUUUCGGAUAGUUCAUUGAUCAUUAGUCUGCUAAGACUUUGUUCAUCGUUAAUACAAACUGAAUUGCCAAGGCAAUUGACUGAUGUUACAAUACCCGAAGAAGAAGAACUAACUACUAGUAUCUGUCAAACAGAUGAAACUAAAGCUGAACAAUUAAAUAUCGAAGGGCAUCGCGUUAAGACCCCGUGUAUUGCUGAUACAGUUCUUCGUCACUUCCCAACCAUGAAACGUUUGUUGGGUUCUCUCUCCCACUGUUCCAGUUCAUCAUUUACCCUGAUGACUUCAUCGGACCUCUAUGGUACCCAUCCAGCUAUAUCAACAUUCUUACUUGAUGAACCACAAACUGCCGCUGAUGCUGUCUUUAAUAUGCUCCUAACUCUAUGUGAAAAGGCUUCAAGCUCUCGAUUGAUUGUGGCACCCAUUUGCCAAUAUUUAGAAGCAUGCACUUCACAACGCAGCACUUUGCCACGUCUACACUUGUCCGAGCCUCUCCUAUGGUAUAUAUCCAAAGUUUUGUAUCUGUCAUCAUCGGUACAUCUAUUCACACAAUUAGGCGGAAUUGAAAUAAUUUGUAAAAAUUUAGUUAAACUAAAUAAAAUACUUAUUAAUGUACAGCCAGGAUUGAUCUCCAUGAUUAUGCAGCAUAUGACAAGAAAUGCCAAACUGAAACUAGUUUCGCAUGCAUGCUCCAAUGGCAAUAGUAAAAAAUCCAGCUCCAGCAGUAGUCAAAAUCAUCGUUAUCUGCAGGAUGGUCUUAUCAAUUUUGCCCCGUUUUGUACAAUAUCGGCGGAAAAUGAUACCGCCCAGUCGGCAGAAAUACUCAUAAUGAACCCGGUGGCAUCACAUCGUCGACCAAGAACACCAGCAUGGAGCUACAUGUUCUAUCCAAAUGAAUCACAUGCUGAUCUAACAAUAACCUUACCCACCGCUAUUCUGUUGCGUGAGGUACAAUUGCAGCCGCAUGCACCCACAUUGGCCUCAUGUCCAUCCGCUGUGGCUUUGGAGAUAUCCAGAGAUUUUGGUUUGGGCCCUGUGCCAGUGGGUCCGCCAUUAACCACAACUGGUAUGACAUGUAUACGUUUGAAACUGGCCAAACCUGAAAUAGCCACAAGUAUUGUGUUGCGUUUGUAUAGACCAAAAGACAGUCCCAGCAUUGGCCUAACACAAAUUGCCGUUUUGGGCAAUACCAUAUUCUCGUCGCACGGCACAAGUAAUGGCGGCGGCGGUGUUGGUGGUGGUCUGGUCUCCAAUUCCAGUACAUCGGCCUUUGAUCAGGCCAUGGAUGAUGAUUCGUUUGCCAAGACAAGCGUGGGUUGGGUACGAAUUCUAUCACGCUGCUAUAAUGUUGCAUCAAAAGUCUCCUCAGCUUCGAAAUUAGCAGCCGAUGUUAUUGGGGCUUCGGCAGCUUAUCCUGGAUUCUUGGAUGCCUGCUGCUCCCUUAUGAAUAUAAUGCCAAUGAUACCGAAUGCUGCAGUGCAAAACUUGGGUUCGGUUUUGCUAACAUUGGGUGCCUAUAGUAAAGAUUUGUGUUUGCAGCUGAUACGUACGCUGUUGUGGAAUACCAGUCCUCAAAUUUAUAAACUAUCCAAUGAUAGCAUAUGCGAUCUACUCUAUGAUUUGUGUACCACCAAAGAUACCUAUGUUAUGGACAAAGUUAAGGUACUCCUCGAAUGGAUUGAUAAUUUACGACAGAAUUUCAGCAGCAGCAACACCGCACGUUGUAAUAAUCCGCAGAGUGGUUUCGUCAAGUGUAUUGCCUCCAUAUUAUGGCAUAUAUUCGAAGAAAAUAGCGUACCAAAUCUGUCCGAAUUAAUUACGGAGAAUGUCUUCGAGGCCUGUAUGCAUUGGAUUGAUCGUCUGGAGAAUGAGGAGCCAUUAAAAGUUGCCUUCGAUUCGUUACUAUGUUCGCUGUGUUAUAUUCAACCGAAAUUCUUUAAUCAUAUGCUAAUGAGAUUGAAUGUUAAAAUAGCCCAUACAACAGCUGGGGGUGGUAAUGAUGGCGCCGCAUCAGGAAUGGAAGAAGGAAGUGGUGGCGAUGGAAAUUUAAUUAACCCUGCAUCUGCUGAAAAAUGUGGCCUAACCGAUGACAACAAAGAGAUGAGUGGUAAGGCCUGGUAUGCCAAUGUGGCGGCCGAUAAUUUAUCUACCCUCUUCCAACAUCCAUCGUAUUUGGCCACCAUUGCCUUGGCCUGUCAAUCAUCGAAUGCUGUCUUUCAACUUGUCGACUCGGGUUUGCCUAAACUUUUGGCCUAUGCCUUGUAUGAAUAUUGUUCGACGCUGUUGAGUCAGGAUAUGCCGGCAAACGUUCAACGUUCAAAUUCUCCUCCCCCUCCUCCAAGUGAGGUUGCUGGUACAGCUUCUUCGUCGUCAUCAUCCACCACCUGCAUGACCGAUGCCGAUAAGGUUGCAGGCGAUCAACAAAUGGAAGAUAUGCAAACCGAUCAUGAUGCCACAGGCGGCAGUCCACAACGCCAAUUGAUGUCCUUUGAAUUGGUGCCUAAAAUUUUGGACUUUUUCACCGACUGCUGUACCGAAGGUCAUAUGCGUGAUUGGUUGGGCACCCAACAAGGUUCAAUAUUCUGGAAGCCAUUACUGAAAUUACUAUGCAAUCAUCGGCCCAUUGAUUUCAUAUCUCCCCAAAAUAAUGCCACCGGAGGAGGAGGUUUCAAUCAGCAGGAACCCACUCAACAGGCAUUCAUACGUAUCGAAAGGGCAACAAUUAAUUUCUUUUCCCAUGUCACCGCCUGUCAUCCGAAUAAUCAAAAUAUUCUCACAAUGCUACUAAUCGAAGUAAUACGCGAACCAUCCACUUCGUUGGCUGCCAAGUCUGGCACCAAUGCCGAUGGCAGUAAUAAACAGACCAUAUCGGGUUUUACACGACAACUGGUAUUACAAUUGUUGUUGGAAAAUGAACGUAUCCUGGUGUCGGUGCGUAGCAAGCAACCGCUACAGAAAAAGGAUCCACAUGCCACGUUUAUGUCAAUGGCAGCAUCGGCAUCAAAUUUACAAAAUUCUUCUUCAUCGUCCAGCAGUUAUGUGACACCGAGUAGUAGUGUUAACAUCUCCUUGGUCAAUCAUCAUCCGGCGAAGCGUAUUAACACACAGCAUUUGCUGUUUUCGGUUAGCGCCAAUACCAAGUGUCAAGAAAUUAUACAGAAUUGUCUGUCAGAAAAUCGACGCAACGAUAGUGGUGUGGCCGCAACAACAACAACGACAACAUCAAUUGUCCCGGGUGAUAUAUUCAAGGAUGACAGUGAGAAAAAUCAAAAUGAUCCCUAUAAGGAUAUAACAAUAACAUUCAAUGGCCUUGAGAAUGGUAUGGAAAUUUUAAGUGUGGCAGCCGGUGUAACGGCCAAGGAUAAACGUAUCAAAGAUGCUAAAAAUCAGGUUGCUGCCAAUAAAGAGAAUAAGGACAUGGUGGCAAAUUUCUCAAAACUUGUCAAUUUGGAAGAUAUUCUAACACCCACCAAUACUGCUACGGCUGCCACAAACUCCUCCAAUAAUUAUGUACAGCUAGUACAUCGCGAUUAUCCGGAAAUACAAAUUGGCAGUGAUACAACAAUAUCACAGCUACUGGCGGCAUUGCAAAGCAAAGGACAUUCGCUGGCUAAGCCAUGCAUAAAUCUUGAAUUGAUCUCUGGAAAAUCAAGCCAUGCAACAGAAGCCGGCGGCAGCGGUGAUGAGCCACCAACCAUUAUUAAAGCCUCUUCCGUGGAACCUUUACCAUCUCCACUGCAACGUUUCUCCAGCCGUGGUGGCCUCUCUCUGCUGGCACAAUAUUUACCCACGGUAUAUCCCGAAAUCACCGCACGUAAACAUCAAAACAAUGCCCCCGAAAAAGAAAAAAGUCCACCAAUGAGCGAUUGGGUUAAGCUAGAACCAAACGAUGAUAUCUAUGAAGAUUUGGAGGAUCCACUGUCGGAACCAACAACCAAACAGGCAACAAUUACCGCUGUACCACAACAUUCUUUGGCCGCAUUCGGAUUGUUUUUGCGUCUUCCUGCCUAUUCGGAUGUUUUGCUGCGCGACAAAUUGCGAGCUCAGUGUCUAUUGCGUUUGGUAUUGGGCGUGACCGGAGAUGGAGAAGGAAAUGAUAUUUACAGUCUUUCAUUAGCUCCCACAUUGCCAACAUUGCCUUUUGAAGUUUUCCGCCAGCUCUUGGAUAGUUCCCCGCUAACAACCGAUGAUGGUAUGCUGUUGCGUCGUAUGGUUAUUGAUGUUGGUGCCAUGCAUUUGAUCUUGAAUUGUUUGAGUAUAUUUACACAUCAUUCUCCGGUUUAUUCAUUGGGCAGUUGCCAGAAUGAGACAAACAAUGGCGGUAAUGGUAGCAGUGGUGGUGGCGGUAUCAAACCAGCCAUGAAUUUAGGUGAAGAUGCCUCAAUGGCAACAUCCGACGAUAAGGGUCAUAUGUAUUGGGCCAAGGGUACCGGGUUUGGUACAGGCUCCACGACACAAUCAUGGAAUGUGGAACAGGCUCUGCUGCGACAAAAAAGCGAAGAAGAACAUGUCACUGUUUUACUACAGGUCCUUGCCAGUUAUAUAAAUCCGGGCGAUCGCAUUCCAACACCCGAAGAAAUGCCCUAUCAUGAAAUGAUGAAUGCUUCGAAUGAACUUCCCAAUGAAUUUCUAACACUGCUGAAGCAAUCGUGUCUCAUUCCAGCGCUUAGUUCCUACUUACGCAAUGAUUCCGUACUUGAUAUAACCCGACACAUUCCAUUAUAUCGAGCCAUAUUACAGCUAUUGCGAUCAAUAUCGUUGUCACAGGAGCUGGUGACACUGCUGCAGCCGCAGAAUAUGGGUGAAAGUUCACCAUCGAUAUCGGAACUGCUGAGCAAUAUGAAAACCUGUGUGGAUACCUAUGCCAAACGGUUAAAAUUAAAUAAAAAAUCCAACAUUAAGGGUCAAACCCAACAAGUCACCGUUAACAUAGAUGACGGUGAUGAUGAAGGCCUAGCCUUACUUAUACCCGAUAUACAAGAGACUACGGUAUUGGUACAAAAAACCACACAACGUUCAGCAGCAGCUGGUCAACAGCAACAACCAAAUCAGGCCGGUGGUAGCGUCACAAAUGAAUCAGGCCAGCCAAUGGACUUUGAACGACCUCUACAAAGUAAAUCGAUCGAAGAACGUUAUUUGGCAGUUAUGAAGAAACUGCAGUUCGAUACAUAUGACAUGAUUGUGGAGGCCGAGAGUAAUGGUUAUCGUUUUGUUGUCUCUCAUCAUUUUGAGAAAAUGGUACGCAUGGCCGGUGAUCGUUAUCAUCCGUCACGUGUCAAACGUUUGGCCCAAGAAGCUGUUACCCUCUCCACCAGUUUGCCAUUGUCGUUUAGUAGUUCGGUGUUUGUACGUUGUGACACCGAUCGUUUGGAUGUUAUGAAGGUCCUCAUAACCGGCCCAGCCGAUACUCCCUAUGCCAAUGGUUGCUUUGAAUUCGAUGUGUUCUUCCCACCCGAUUAUCCAAAUCUACCAAUGCUUAUCAAUUUGGAAACGACCGGUCGUCAUUCGGUACGUUUCAAUCCGAAUUUAUAUAAUGAUGGUAAGGUUUGCUUAUCGGUGUUGAAUACCUGGCAUGGACGGCCCGAAGAGAAAUGGAAUGCUCAGACAUCCAGUUUCCUUCAAGUAUUGGUCUCGAUACAGUCGCUGAUUCUGGUGCCUGAACCCUAUUUUAAUGAGCCUGGGUUUGAGCGUAGCCGUGGCACCCCGAGUGGUACACAUUCAUCGCGUGAAUACAAUAGCAAUAUCUAUCAGGCCUGUGUCCGUUGGGCUAUGCUGGAACAAAUACGUAAUCCUAGUCCAUGUUUUAGGGAUGUUAUUCACACCCACUUUUGGCUGAAACGCAAUGAAAUUUGUGCCCAAAUUGAAAACUGGAUUGAGGAAUUGUGUAAGCCCCAGUAUAACGAGCGUAGCAGCCGUACUAUUUCCUUUAAUUCCAUGGUGCUGCGUAGACAAUAUCGCCAUUUGCGUGAGGAGUUGGCCAAAUUGAAGGUACCCGAAGGCUUGGAGGACUUGGAUGAACCCUUCAAUCCCAAUGUAACCCUACCAGCCAUGACUGAAAGUGCAAAUAACACAGGAGGAGGCAGCAGCAGCAUUAACAGCAGCAAUGGUGGAGGAGGUGGUGGCGGCGGCGGAGCCAGUGGUAGCGGCGGUGGUGCCACAUCCAAACAACAAACCGACAGUUCGAUUAUCUCCACAACCAGCACAAAUGCCAGCAGUUCAAGUGCCAGUGCCAUUGCGGAAACCAAAUCCAAUGAAGGUUCGGAGGAGACCACCGUCGAAUCGUUGAGUUCGCAAUUGUGUAGUGGCAGUGCCCCCCUUGCACCCCUGGAAAUCAACACAAAUCAACCGUACAUGAGCUGUGCCAUGGAUGAGGAUAGUGACUCGCCGGCGGCUGUAUUGCCGCAGUCUACAAUGUCGGCCUCGGCCACAGCUAAGGUGGUCGUGGGGGAUGACCAGCAACAAAAUGAAGCAGAUGGUGGUGGUGUUGAUGACGACGACGAUGAUGAUGAUGGGGAGGAGGAUGGUGAUGGCGAUAACGACGGAGAUGAUAUCAAUGCUGCAGAGGAGGAAGAUGCCGAUGGCAUGGAUGCCAAUGAAUAUAAAUGUGUGGGUGAUCUUAUGGAACAGUUGUUCUUUGCCGGUUCCGAUAAUACCAUGCACUAUGAUGAUUAA